GUCAAACUCUCGCAGCUGCUAACGAUAGGCGUGUCAUGACGGACCUUCGCGAGCCCCACUUUGCUCUGACGGAGGCAAACCUGGCUGCGCAUACCGGUGCCCCCCUCCCUCCACGUCCGUGGGACCCGGCCGACGCCGCCGUCUUCCAACGCGUGCGCCAGUCUAUCAACAACGUGCCCAUCGACGGAUGGUACGAGAACGUGGUCUACCGGCGCUCGAGCAGCGAGAUAUCAUUGCUUGAUCCGGAAGAGCUGUACGCUUUGGAAGGCAUUGACAACCGCGCGCUCCAGAAUCCGGUCCAGCCUCCCUCGACUCACGCGGGCACGCCAAGCCACCGCUCCACUCCUAACGGCGAGGCGGCCUCUCCCGCCGGCUCCGCGGGCAUCGUCAUCUCCCCCGUACCCUCAAUGGACGAUCUAGCCGCGCCGCCUGGGUAUUUCGCCGUGCCACACGCCCCCACACUGGCGGAAUCCGCUGUGCUCGAGCAGCUUGUGGAACUGCGGGCCCGCGCCGAAAUGGCCGAGGCCCGCGCCCGCUACUUUGAAAUCGCGCUAACUCGAGUCGGACUGGCGCUGGAGGCCGAGCGUGCCCGUGUCCAUGAGGUUAGAUCGACUAUCGCGGAGGCUGGAGACGAUGCGGGCGGACUUGGGCGGCUCGUGCGCCGGCGCUGCAGUAGGGUCAGAUCAAUCAUCGCAGAAGCCGGAGACGAUGUGGGCGGAAUCAAUGAGCCCGGCUGGUCGACGUACUCGCCGCGGUCGACUUCGUCGUUGAAUUCGGCAGCGGCUCCGGCUCGUGCUGACGUCGACGGCAUGGUGAACCACGCGCCGGCGGCAGACGUCGUGGCCCGCGCGUGGAACUUCCUCGUGCUGCAGCCUGACUCACGUCCCAGAAGUGCUGAGGAAGCACGCGAGGGCAUGGCCCGCAUCAGACAGCUCUACGCUCCAACUCACUCUCGUCCUGCCAAACGCCCCCGCGGCUCUAACUAAUGCAGAGCCCCGUCUGUAUCGGCUAGCAGGCCAUGGGCUCGCCCUACUCCUUACCUACGCUUCAUGAAUAUGCAAAUGUGGACCA